AUAAUAAUCCGUGAUCGACAAACAGUUGGUAGUCGAUUAUGAAGAUUCCGGUUUUUUCCAUUGAGUGAUCCUCCACGUGAAAAAUGUUCAAAGUUCAACUUACAGAAUGCGUAAAUGCGCAGCGGGGAUUUCUGUAUGUAGCCGAAGUGUGAGUGUAACUUUGGACUUGAUGUUAUAGUAGAUCUGACAAAAAGAAUUGUAAAUGGGAAAUUAAAAAAUGGCGGUGAAAGAUGGCAAUUUGAUUUUAGCUGAGGCCUUGAAACACCAGGGAAUAAAUUAUGCUUUUGGAAUUAUGGGUCACCCUGUUAUCGAAUUAUCCUUAAUAAUGCAAGGAGUAGGCAUCCAAUAUUUGGGAUUUAGGAAUGAACAAGCUGCAUGCUAUGCAGCUCAAGCUUAUGGAUAUUUAACGAAGAAACCAGCAGUGGUUUUAUGUGUAUCUGGACCAGGUGUACUCCACACAGUAGGCGGAAUGGCAAAUGCUCAAGUGAAUUGUUGGCCUGUAAUAGUACUUGGAGGAUCUUGCCCAGAGGACCAUCAAGGCAUUGGUGGUUUUCAAGAAUAUCCACAAGUUGAAGCAUGUCGAGUAUAUUGCAAAUAUGCUGCUAGACCCCCCUCAGCUGCUCUAAUUCCAUUACAUGUUGAAAAAGCUGUUAGGCUUGCCACUUAUGGACGCCCAGGAGCGGCAUAUUUAGAUCUUCCAGCGACUCUCUUGAAAUCACAAGUGUGUGAGAAUUUAAUAGUGAAAGUUUUACCUUGUCCACCGCCUCCUUUAAUCUAUCCACCUCCACAGUUGAUAUAUGAAGCUGCUGAUUUGAUUUUCAUAGCGAAAAAACCAUUAAUAAUCAUCGGCAAAGGAGCUGCUUAUGCCCGAGCUGAGAAUGAAAUAACGAAUUUCAUUCGCUCAACGGGUUUGCCAUUUCUUCCUACACCUAUGGGAAAAGGGGUGAUAUCCGAUUAUGAUGAAAAUUCAGUUGCUAGUUCAAGAACUUCAGCAUUGCUCAAUGCUGAUAUUGUUGUUCUUCUUGGAGCUAGAUUGAAUUGGAUGUUGCACUUUGGACGAGCUCCACGCUUCCAGAAUCAUGUAAAAAUUAUUCAGAUUGACAUUUGCCCGGAGGAAUUGCAUAAUUCAGUCUCAUCAACAAUUGCAAUUCAAGCUGAUUUAAUACCAAGUGUUGAAUUAUUAACAGAGUCUCUUAAAAAAAGACAUUACUACAUGAAUAAAAAAGACAAAUGGUGGAUGCAACUAAUGACUGAUGGACAAAAGAAUAAACAAAGAAUUCAGAGGAUGUCAGCUGAUAAUUCCGUGCCUUUGAAUUAUUACACUGUAUUCAAGUCUAUUCAACAAUCUAUUCCAAAAGAUUGUAUUAUUUGCUCUGAGGGUGCAAAUACAAUGGAUAUUGGUAGAACCAUGCUUCUAAAUUCAAAACCACGUCACAGAUUAGAUGCAGGAACUUUUGGAACUAUGGGCGUGGGCUUGGGAUUUGCUAUUGCUGCGGCUCUUUACUGCAAAGAUGUGGCUUCUAAAAAAAAAGUUAUUUGCGUGGAAGGCGAUAGCGCUUUUGGCUUCUCGGCAAUGGAAAUUGAAACAAUGUUCAGAUAUAAGCUGGCUGUCGUUAUUAUAAUUUUUAAUAAUAAUGGAAUAUACGGUGGAAUGGACAAAGAGACAUUCAAGCAAAUUCAAACUGCUGGGGAGCCAACCAAAGUAAUAUCUCCUCAGUUGUUAACUCCUGGAACUCGAUAUGAAAAAAUGAUGGAAAUGUUUGGACAUCGAGGACAUUAUUGCGAGACCGUUGAACAGAUUGAAAAGGCCAUAAAAAUUUCUCUCGAGUCAUGUGAUGCCCCAAGUUUGAUCAACAUUAUGAUAAAUCCAUCAGCAGAUCGUAAGGAGCAAAAGUUCAGCUGGUUGACUGAAUCGAAGCUAUGAAAAAUUAAUAAGAUGAGUAAAUGGGUGAUAGUGGAGCAAAAUAAUUGAGUUGUCUAUUGAAGAUUAUAAUUUUUACACAUCAUCAAUGUAUAUUUGAAAAAAAAAAAAAAAAAAA